UCAGUUGUUUUCAAAACAGCGACUGAGAGCAGCUGAGCACUGCGGUGUUUCUGUGCAGCCUUUAGUACCCGAGCUCCCUCUCAGUCGCCUUUUCCUCGACGGCUCUCCCAUUUUUACCAAUUUUCCCAUUUUCUCCACACACAUCUCCAGGGAUUUACGCAGAAAUAUUGCCACUAAAUGACAACUGGAGGACAGCUGGUGCGGAGAUACCAUCGGGACGGGGGGGUCAGGGAUGCUGUGCAAGUUCAUUUCAUCCCUGCCGGGGGAGCAGAAGCGUCCUGCUGAGGGAAGCCAUCGAGUGGAAAUGUUUUGCAUCUGCAAAGAAACCCGGAGCUCAGCUGGGCGAACAGAUCAGGCCUGAGUGUUUUCCACCUUCCGGAUUAAAUGGUGGCAGAAGUGUGCAUGACGAGAUAACCAGCUGCUGUCCAGCCUGCACUGCAGAUAAGCUGUGAGUCUACUUUUCCUUUUUUUUUUGGAGGCCUCUUUGUGUGCCAGACUGUAUAUGUGGGAGUAGCUAUAAAUAAUGAAUGUAAUGGACAGCAGCCCCUGAACUGUGAGACGUAGGAAAGGCUUGGUUAUUCUUCUAACCCCUCAAAAAAAGACUGGAAAUAAUGGCUGACCACGAAGAAGCGGAGUUGUCGGAAUCCCUGCAGAAGGACAACGACUUCUCCAGCGAGAUGGAAGAGCCGGUUAUGGGCUAUCAAUGUGACAAAAGUUUGCCUAUUUUAAAUGAAGAAGGCCCUCAAGAGGAAACCUUACUGGCUAGUUCUGUGUCCAUAACGGCGGAAGAGAGCGCUGAAUUCAUCCAACUCCCGGCCAAAACCGAGUCUUUUCCGCCCGAUUCCCCGACCAGAACAAAGAAGUCGGGGAAGUCGGCGCUGAACCGACCGAGUUCCUACAUGGAGAACACGGAGAUCCGAAGGAGUAAAAACAUGGCUAGAAGGAAGCCGCCGGCGGGGUUUUUGUCUUCAACCCUGGCUCGGUUUCGUCUUCCCAGCAAGAAGUACAUGAACGUAAUCCUCCAGGACUCUCGCUGCUUCCUGUUCUGCAUGUGUUACCUGACGUUCAUCCAGUCGCUCAUGGUGUCCGGAUACCUCAGCAGCGUCAUCACCACCAUCGAGAAGAGAUACAGCCUCAGGAGCUCAGAAUCGGGGCUCCUCGUGAGCUGUUUCGACAUCGGGAGCCUCGUGGUGGUCGUGUUCAUCAGUUAUUUCGGCGGUCGGGGUCAACGGCCUCGCUGGUUGGCGGUCGGCGGGAUUUUCAUCGCUGUCGGAGCCGCGUUAUUCUCGUUACCUCACUUCAUUUCCCCGCCGUACCAGAUCAAGGAGGUCAAUUCGUCCGCGGGAAACGAGGGCCUGUGUAUGAACGGUAACGGUAGCGGAAGGGUAGGCGUCGACAUCACUUCCUGUCCCAGAGACCAGGAGGGAAACGAGCACAACCUGUACGUGGCGCUGUUCGUCAUCGCUCAAAUCCUGGUGGGCAUGGGGUCAACGCCCAUCUACACUCUGGGGCCAACCUACCUGGACGACAACGUGAAGAAGGAGAACGCCUCGCUCUAUCUAGCCAUCAUGUAUGUGAUGGGAGCGCUGGGUCCAGCAGCUGGGUACCUACUGGGAGGAGUCCUCAUCGGAUACUACGUUGACCCAAAAACUGCCGUCACCAUCGAUCAGAGCGACCCCCGCUUCAUCGGGAACUGGUGGAGUGGGUUCCUGCUGUGUGCCGUUGCCAUGACGCUGGUCAUCUUCCCAAUGUUCACCUUCCCCAAGAAGCUGCCCCCCCGACACAAGAAGAAGAAGAGGAGGAAAAAGAUGAGCAUGGACAGCCUGUCCAGCGACGACGACGUCCUCAAAGAGAAAAGCAACAACAAGAGCCAGGCGGUCACCUCGUCCAUGGGCUUCGGAAGGGACAUCAAAGAUCUCCCUAAAGCAGCGGUGAGGAUCCUGAGCAACGUGACCUUCCUCUUCGUCAGCCUCUCGUACACGGCAGAGAGCGCCAUCGUCACCGCGUUCAUCACCUUCAUCCCCAAGUUCAUCGAGUCUCAGUUCGGCAUCCCGGCCUCCAGUGCCAGCAUCUACACCGGUGUGAUUAUUGUUCCCAGUGCCGGUGUGGGUAUCGUUUUGGGAGGAUACAUCAUCAAGAAGCUGAAGCUGGGAGCCAGAGAGUCGGCCAAGCUGGCGAUGAUCUGCAGCGGCGUGUCGUUGCUCUGCUUCUCCACGCUGUUCAUCGUGGGCUGCGACACCAUCAACCUGGGAGGCAUCAACAUCCCCUACACCACUGGGCCGACGCUCACCAUGACCCAGAGGAACCUGACCGGAGGCUGUAACGUGAACUGCGGCUGUAAGAUCCAUGAGUACGCUCCGGUGUGCGGCUCCGACGGCAUCACGUACUUUAACCCCUGCCUGGCCGGCUGCAGCAGCGUGGCCAACGACAGCACCGGGAUCAGAAACUACUCGGACUGCGCGUGCGUUCAGAGUCGGCAGGUGAUCACGCCCUCGUCCAGCGCGUCGGGCUCCAACCAGCUGCAGCUCGUCAUCGUGAAGACGUACCUGAACGAGAACGGGUACGCCGUGUCGGGGAAGUGCGACCGCACCUGCAGCACGCUCAUCCCCUUCCUCAUCUUCCUCUUCAUCGUCACGCUCAUCACCGCCUGCGCCCAGCCCUCCGCCAUCAUCGUCACGCUCAGAUCUGUAGCGGAGCAGGAGAGGCCGUUCGCUCUGGGGAUGCAGUUCGUUCUCCUCAGGACCCUCGCCUACAUCCCGACGCCCAUAUAUUUCGGCGCCGUCAUCGACACCACGUGCAUGUUGUGGCAGCAGGACUGCGGCGUGCACGGCUCCUGCUGGGAAUACGACGUCACCUCGCUGCGCUUCGUCUACUUCGGCCUCGCUGCCAGCCUCAAGUUAAUCGGCUUCUUCUUCAUCUUCCUCACCUGGUACUCCAUCAAAUACAAAGAGGAACGAGUGGAGCGAUGGAUGAAACGCCACCUGUCGCCCGUGGACACCGUGGGAAGUCUCGUUUGUCACCCUGGAGGUCAUAAAGGUCACGCUCGCACCCGAUCCUGCCCCGUAAACAUCCCGCGAACCGACCCCGGCUCGGUUCUCGCGGCUAACGCGCCGCCGCGAGCAGGGCCGUUAAACCGCGGCGUUAGCACUCAGAGUUGCCCUGGAAACGAGCUAAAAGAAGUAGCUCCUCCCCCAAAGGCGACACCUUCGGCGACGUCGGCUUCAGCGACGUCGCUCGACCACGUCUCGGCGCGAGUUUGAAGGUGGGAAAAACAGGGGGCAGGCAAUAAAAUCAGAGAAAAUAAAUCUAAAAAUCCUAUCAGAUGGUUUUUAGCGGCUCUCAAUCAUCACACAGAUCAUCAAGACCCUCUCAACGCGGCUUCUGGGUCAAAAAACACCGUCAACUGGAAACAGAGCAUGUGAUUCUGUGAGGAGGAAAUGCAGCUUUUUGAUUGGUUGGUGAAAUAAUCGGAAGAAGUGUUUUUUCUUUGUCAUCCAUCAGCGGACAAAAAGCUUUGGAGAGUUCAUCGCUUCAAGAAAUAAAACCCCUCCCUGCCCUCGGCAAAAUGUGCCUUCUGUCACCCCCUCACAAAGAAAAAAGCGUGAACAGAUACCUCAGCUUCGCCUCCUUCUUUAUCUCCUCACCGCCAUUUUGUUUUGUUUUCUUGACUCUCACAAAUAAAAAAAUAAAAUAAAAUAAAAAAACCUUUGGAAAUGUGACAUUCUGCAACCAAGUGUUCAGAACCGGAAACCGAUGACAUGGUGCUAUGUGUUGAAAAAAAAUGUUUUAGCGUCCAUUUUUGUUUGUUCUUUUUGGGUCAUUUUUUGAUCGUGAAAAGACCCCCAGAGGUCAGUGGGUUAAGCAGCUUGGAAACAUAGAAUGAAUUCCUGUUUGAUGCCAGGCCUCCUGACUCGAUAACGCCAAGUAUUACCGCUGGAAGUCGGAUUGUUCAGCUCCAAACAAUGCAUCCAUACACCCCUCCUGACUUGAUAAGUGGUUUACCCCAAAUCUGCAUUUUCCUCCUGACCACAUUCCUGAGGAGAAAAUAAACUUUGCUUGGAGACGCGAUCGGAUCAGAGGACUCUUUACCAGACGUUUCUUCAGAAUUUAGAAGUAGUGAGUAGUCGUCUGUUCUCUCAGAAAAGCUGCUGCUGAAUUCUGGGAUGGAUCCUUGUUUGGAGGAGUUAGUUUCUUGCUUAGCAUUUUAAAAAGUAGUCCCAAUGAUUUCUGGGUAAUGACUGCAUAGGCUUUGCACUGAUCUGAACGUCAAAGGAAAAGUUUUAGACAUUUAGUCAAAAGAAAAUCACUGGACAAAGUGCAGAGAAAUCUACUGAAGAGCUGCAGCUGACGAUUGUUUUCUUAAUCUAUAAACUACUAACUAUUCCUCGAUUAACUACCGUAUCGAUUAAUUGCUUGAUCUGAAGAGAAACAGUUAGAAAGAUGUGGAAAAAAAGCCCAUCACAUUUCGUCCAAAAAAAUCCAAAGAUAUUCAACGCAGCAAAUGAGAUUUGAGAAGCGUCUUAAUGUCUAAUUGAUUAUCAUCAGAACAUUUGUGUCUGUCGGCUAAUCGCUAAUGGUUUUAGCUCCAGAUCAGACCCAGUAGUUAAUGUGCCAAACCCAUUUCAUCAAGCACUUCUUAUUACGCUAUUAUUUAAUAUUUUGUGGCUCUAAAAGUCUUCGAGACAAAUGAACGCAACCCGUUUUAAACGCAAAUCAGUGUUAAAUAACUUUAAAAUGAAUUUGGCUGGACGUUUUUUACUCACAGUAUUAUUUCCUAACAACCCACUUGUUUCCUAAAGAGCAGCUUCCUGUUACAGCGUUCCUCCGACGCCCCCUGCUGGCCGGAUGUAUUAAUCUGCUGCUUUUCCACCAGAGAAACAUGGCUUUUUAUUUCACAAACAACCAAAACAGUGUUGAAACAGGAUGAAAAAAGGUCCUGAUGUGCUGGUUUUCAUGCAGCUUGUGUCUCGAGCAAUCAGUAUCUUGUAUUGGAGAUUGUUCACUUUGUUUACCAUUAAUUCACCUGCUGAUUAUUUUUUUUAUUUUUUUUUGUAUGUCAGAAAAUGGAGAAACAAGUUACAAUGUCCUACAGCUCAAGUGUUUUCAUUUGCAAUCAUAGUGGUCUUGAAAAGGCAAGAACAUCACACACGAGAAACUGGAAUGAGUGGAUUUCUGACUAUUACUACAAUUAUUAAUAUUCAAUUAGUUUGUUUUGUUUGCCAAAUCGAGGAGGAAGCGGAUAUUAAUCCUAUACGAGAAAACGCAGAACUCCUCGCAGUUUAGACUAAAGUAGAAAUACACGACAUUCCUGUAAAAGUGAUACACAAACAUCUUUAAAAUGAGGAUCUGUUGGCGGGGCGCUGAGACCCUCGUCCUGUUUCUCUGUGCCUACAUUUCACUUUAACAGCUCCUUUUAUUUUCUACGUGGCGCUCGUCACGCUCCUGUUCAGCUGGUUCUUUAAAUCCCAAACAGAUGAAAUGUUGAGCCCACCUUCCUGAGAAUAACGCUUUAAACAUUUAGCGUCGUAGCUCCUCCAAAGUAUCUCAAAUUACCUUCAUCAUACUCACUGCUUUUGUUAAGUAUGUUCGUCCGUCCCUUAAUAAUGUCUGACUUCCUGUCUGCAGCUCUCCUCUUCUUAAGAAACACCUCAAAAAUAAUUAAAAUAAAGACUCGGUAACACCAUAUAACAGCUGGUCAGUGUACUUUAUUCUACAGCUUAAGAAAAUAUCUACUCUACUCUUUCACAUGUAUUUAUCAAUAAACACUUAAGAUGUCCUCACCUCUUCUUACAUUACAUUAAAGGGUUUUAAUCACCCAUCAAUGUUUCUGGAAAAACCCUUUUAAAGGAAUAUGAAUGCUCAGAUUUUGAAUUGAACAGAUUAAGGCAGCAAUUAAUCUCAGUGUUGAUUAGUUUGAAAGUAUAUCUUCUCGAUUAAUCCGUUAGUUUGGUCUUAAAAUGACAGAAAAAUGCAGUAUUGUACAGGUUUGAAGACCUAAAGUAUCCUCCACUCUUAUUUUAGGUUUUGAAUCAAGCAAAUUAUACUUAAACUCCUCGGCUGAUAGUUAAAGUAUUUUUUCAUGAAUUAAUACAAGAGAAAAACUGCUCAAAAUGGUUAUAUUACCCCCAAAAAACAGAACUCUUGGGACAUAACCCUGAUUAUUUCUCCAUUAUUGUAAAGUAAAUAUUGUUUUAUAUAAUUGAGGUGCAAUAUUUCACAGAUUUGAAGACCCAAAGUAUCCUGAAACUCCCUCGACUCAUAUUUGAGGUUUUUAGCCAUGAAUUAAUACAAAAACAAGUCAUAUUUUAGGUUUUUUUAACCCAAAAAACUGCAGAAACCAGACCCUUCCCCUCAGGUGGUCUCAGUAUUUCAUCCUCACGUCGUGGAUCUCCAGCUGCAGGAUUUCACUGCGUCUCGUUUCCUCCUCUCACCUGAAACAGAUCCGUUUCCCUCCAUGUGUCGUGCCGUAGUUUCACGUAGUAAUAAAUGUGGAAUCAUCUCCAGACUCUGAGACGUAGGUUAGAAAAUCUUCUUCUUUUCUUUUAAAAAAUAAAAAAUCAGUAUUGUAUUUAUUUCCAGAGGACAGUGUUUCUGACGGAGAGGCGACGGGCGAUCCGUGGAAACACGGUCACUGAGCCUCGGAUUCUCCUGUCAAUAAAGAUGUGAAAAAUAAUAAAACAGUAUUACAAAAAUA